AGAGGACCAGAGUGAGUGUUUACACCGGCGGCUCGCUGCGGCCGGGUUCCUUCCGCGGGACGGGUGAGGGCGCUGGGCCCCCUCCCUGGGCGCGCGGGGCUCUCGUGGGUCCGGAGUAGCUAACUGGUCCCACGAGAGAGGUGGGGUUGUCAACAUUGUCCCUACUCACGACUAGGGAGAAAGAGAGAGCGCGAAAGAGAGAGGAUGUCUCUCUCAGACUGGCAUCUGGCAGUGAAGCUGGCUGACCAGCCACUUGCUCCAAAAUCUAUUCUUCAGUUGCCAGAGACAGAACUGGGAGAAUAUUCCCUAGGGGGCUAUAGCAUUUCAUUUCUGAAGCAGCUUAUUGCUGGCAAGCUCCAGGAAUCUGUUCCAGACCCGGAGCUGAUCGAUUUGAUCUACUGUGGCCGGAAGCUAAAAGAUGACCAGACCCUUGACUUCUAUGGUAUUCAGCCUGGAUCCACAGUCCAUGUUCUCCGAAAAUCUUGGCCUGAGCCUGAUCAGAAACCUGAACCUGUGGACAAAGUAGCUGCCCUGAGAGAGUUCCGGGUCCUGCACACUGCCCUGCACAGCAGCUCUUCCUACAGAGAGGCGGUCUUUAAGAUGCUCAGCAAUAAAGAAUCUCUGGAUCAGAUCAUUGUGGCCACCCCAGGCCUCAGCAGUGACCCCAUUGCUCUAGGGGUUCUCCAGGAUAAGGACCUCUUCUCUGUCUUUGCUGAUCCCAACAUGCUAGAUACAUUGGUGCCUGCCCACCCAGCCCUAGUCAAUGCCAUCAUCCUGGUUCUGCACUCUGUAGCAGGCAGCACCCCAAUGCCAGGAGCUGACUCCUCUUCCCGAAGCAUGCCCUCCAGCUCUUACCGAGAUAUGCCAGGUGGCUUCCUGUUUGACGGGCUCUCAGAUGACGAGGACGACUUUCACCCAAGCACUCGGUCUACGCCCUCUAGCAGUACACCUAGCUCCCGCCCCGCCUCCCUGGGAUACAGUGGAGCUGCAGGGCCCCGCCCCAUCACCCAGAGUGAGCUGGCCACUGCCCUGGCCCUGGCCAGUACUCCAGAGAGCAGUUCUCAUACACCAACUCCUGGCACCCAGGGCCAUUCUUCAGGCACCUCGCCAAUGUCCUCUGGUGUCCAGUCAGGGACACCCAUCACCAACGAUCUUUUUAGCCAAGCUCUCCAGCAUGCCCUGCAGGCCUCUGGGCAGCCCAGCCUUCAGAUUUAUUUACUUUAUGAAUAUAGUAUACUGUAGCUGUCUUCAGACACACCGGAAGAGGUCAUCGGAUCCCAUUACAGAUGGUUGUGAGUUGCUGGGAAUGUAGUUGCUGGGAAUUGAACUCAGGACCUCUGGAAGAGCAAUCAGUGCUCUUAACUGUUAAGCCAUCUCUCCAACCCCCUCAUCUAUUUUUCUUUCUACAAGUUUAUUGUAACUCCAAAGCACUAAUUCUUUUGUCCUAGAUUAACAGAAUUUAAGCAGGCCAAGUCUGUAGUAGCAGGUUUCUCCCUGUGCUUGAUUGACAGCAAUCUGUACUUACGAAGGAACAGGACAUCUAUCUUACGUCUUAUUUUUGAAGUCUUGAUCAGCUAGACUGGCUAAUCAUCUGUUCUCUGUACUUAUACUUAGAAUUGCUUAUUCUUUACUCAUAAUCUUUCUAUUUCAUGGUACACACCGAAACCUGUUACCACAUCCCUAGAUCACAAGACCAAGGAACGCAGGCCCAGCCUGGAGUGAAUGCUUUCUUUUAUCAUUAACUUGUCCCAAGCCUGUUUUUCUUGCUUCUAUAAUGCAUGAGCGCUCCCUGUGCUCCUGUCUCUCAUUCCUGCCGCUCUUGCCAGUCUGUGAGGGAGGGGCAUUCUAUUCUUAACUCUAACUUCAAACUUUCUAUCAACUAUGCUAACAUCCCAAAACUACUUAAAUCAAGCUAACUCUCCAAAACUACUUAAAUCAGGAAUUCCAUAAAAUCAUUAAUUCAUCUAAACAGCAUUAUCUCAAGAACUUCUUUCAUCUUCAUGUUGAUCUGCAGGAGACUUGCUCAACAGAGUGGGCUAUCACCCAGGAAGUAAUUACACCAGGCUGUAGGCAAUGAGGGUCUCUCGGUGUCCACUCACACCAAGCCAGAUGAGUGAGGAGCAUGGCAAUGGCAAACAUGAGAAAGCAAGCACGUCAGUAGCAAGGAAUCCUGGGAGAAGUCUCUGGGUCACGCCUUUCCAGAGCGCACAUUGUCGUCGCUCUAGGGAGCUCACUUGCCCACUGUAGCUCUUCUUGCAUGGCACCCGCCAGUACUUAAAAGCUAUAAGGUAAAAUAAACCUUUUUCUUCCCAA